UCACUCGCGAGGUAGUCGCGAGGACGUGAAUGACAUAGCGCAACGCGAUGAUUCGAGAUAGUGAGUCUUGAUUUCUCGCACGGAGAGUAGUUGAGACCGUAGCGAGCCGAGAAAAGCGAACAAUUAGGAUCGACUAAAUUGUUCUAACUUCUUCGUGCUCACUUCUGACUUUUUACUUCCGAUUCUGACUUCUGACUUCUAAUUCCUCGCUCCGAAGGCACCCAGUUUUAUACGGUUAUUUGUGUCAAGCGGAACGAGCUGAUUGGUUAUCCUUCGAUCGGAUGAAGCAUUAGACAACGUCCAAAUAUGAGCUGGCUGGUCAAGGGAAGAGACAAAAACUGCUGGACCAGAUCGCUAUGCUGAGAACGUACGUCUCCGUGUUGGAGAACAAGCUGAAAACUCCAAAAUUCGGCCAAUUGCAUUUGGUAAGGAAAGCACCGCUGUCGUUGCACAGCGAAGCCGCAACAUACCGUGAUGUGGACUUGCCGGACGUGCGGACGGAAUUAUGUUGCGAUUUUUACCGGUUCGCGGGGAUACGGUACACCAGAUGCGAUAGUACUUUCGUCUUCGAAAUGUCCGGCACGGACAAAGUCACGAGGAGCGGUCUGUAUGCGGUGGAGAUUCUGACAGACAAUAACGGCUGCGGAAAGUUGGGAAGGUGGGCGCUACCUAUGUCCGUCGACGUGCAGAAGAUCCUAUUGCAACAUCCGAUCGACGAUCUGAAUAACAUGAGGCAGUUCGUCAAGAGCACCAAACAUCACGUGGACUGUUAUGUCUGUCGCGCGAAGCAGCUGGAGGAGCUGCAGAGCUCUCUCGCCGAGAUCGAGAACGCUCGCGUGUCUCACAUCAUCGGAGUCGUUCAAGUGGAAUUGGUAAUGUCAGGAGUGAAAGACAGCAAGAGCGACGCGGUUCGUAACGUUACAUUAGACUUGUGCUACAAGCCGGCCGAAGUGAGGCCCUACAAGCUACUCCCGGAUGUGGACGAUAACGAGAAGCCGUCGGCGGACCUGCUCAACAGAUUGUAUAAACACUUCGAGCCUUUCUUAAAGAACGACCUGAGUUCCGCGUUCCAGCGAGUCAAUGAAUCGGAAACAGAAUUUUGUUGGAAACCGAUCGCGGCGAACGGUAGCGAAGGUACCUCGGAGUUCUCCGACGAGUCACUUGAAAACUCAGGAUUCUUGUCCGCUUAUCUUUACCGAGGCAAGAAAAAACGGAAGAAGGGUAAAGAUGAUGAGCAAGGUGGUGUUAAUCACGGUAAUAAAAAAAAUUCGGCGAGGAACGCAGGCAGCAAACGCCGCGAAAGGACGCGCAAUCGGAAACUGCUGAAAAAAACCAACGGUCCAGACUGCGAGGACACGAAGAGUCCUCGGAGAGAAUACAAGCAAAAAAAAGUAAUAACCUGGUUCGACAAAGCAGACAAGGAGGACCGUGCGGUUUCAAAUAUAAAUGAACAGAAUCGACAAGCGCGAAUGAACCUAAGCUGCAGCACACCUCUUUCGAAGGAGUUACCCGACAAACGGAAGUUCUUUCAAAUUAAUAAUAUUAGCGGGAUUUUAAAACAAAAUUAGAAAUAGCAAUAAUUAAUUUAAUUAAUGCAUAGUUUAAAAAAACCCCCGCUGUUUUCAAUUUUCCCUUGGAAAGAAACUGAAAAUAUCCCUGGAAAAAUUAAAAAAUUCGAUUUUUCCAUUCAUCUGUGGGAAAAUUUUUGAAAACCGGAUCUUUUCUGA